UAUUCACACUUUACCGGUGUUUCUUGACAGAAAAUGAUAAGUUUUCGUUAACCGAAUUCUCAGAAAGUAAGUGCUUGGAAAGUUUUUCCAAGAAAAAGUGCCCAAUAGGGAAACCAAACCUGAAACCAAAUAAUUUUCCACGAUAAGCGCAACAACGCGAUAUUAGAUUGGCCAGCCCUGCGUUUGCGGUUUUUUUUUUGUUUUUUUAUUUCCUGUAUUUUUUUUGGGGGGGAAAAAUUGCAGUUCCACGGAAAGCGAAAAGUUUUCCACCAAAAUAAACGGUUGAAGCAUGGACGCCGACAAGCAGCUGGAAAGGCAGCUGGAGAAGGAGCUGGACGAGAUGCCGGCAGAGGAUUUGGACGACGAUGCGUAUGACGAGUAUGAUCUGAUCGUGAUACCCGAUCAGGGCAAGGGCUCGCCGCAGCAGGGGCACAGUGAGUCGCCGCAGCAGGAGGAGGAGCACAAGUCGGAGGAGCUGCGCCAACGAUCGCGCCCAACCUGGCCACCGUCGUCCGCCGGCGGGGAUAUGACCACCAUUGAGUUGAUCUCAUCGGACGACGAGCCGUCAGUGGAGGAGACUGAGGGAGGCAAUGCCGCUGGCCGUGGCAGAGCGCGCAAUGAUUCCAGCAGCAGUAGCGAUGAUGUGGGCGUGAUCGAAGGCUCGGAAUUGGAAUCGAACAGUGAGGUGUCCAGUGACAGUGACAGUGAUAGCGACAACGCUGGCGGCGGAAAUCAGCUAGAGCGCUCGUAUCAGGAGCUGAAUGCGUUGCCCAGCAAAAAGUUUGCCCAAAUGGUCUCGCUCAUUGGAAUCGCAUUCAAACUGAAUGAUCUGGAAAAGAUCGAGUCAUCGGUGCUGGAGCUGCAAAAUUUGGCCACUGUGCCGGCUCACGUGUGGCUGAAGUAUCUAAAGGCCCGCCUGGUCGUCACCCAAACGGACGAGGAGCGCAAGGCAUUCGAGGAGCAGUGUGCCAAAGCGUUGGGCUACUACUACAGCAUACCGCUGUCCGAAUACGUUGUCAACUACCUGGUGGAUCAGGGCAACGUACAGAACCAUGUGCUGUGGGCCAAACUGCUGGCGGACUACGACGUGGAGCGUCCAGACUUUGGCGACAAGCUGCGUUCGCUGAUAUCGACAAUUACGGACGAAAAUGAGGCUGCCGCCUUUGUGGAAAUGCUGCAAAAGCACUGCGUCACCUGGACGUGCAACGUGGAGCAGCGGCAGAUGAUCAAGUCCGUUGUGGACAAGUUUAAGCAACAUCUGGACGAGACAACGCGUGGUUGGGAUUGGUCUGAGCAACACAAGGCUCAUGUCUACGAUGUGGAGACAUUAUCCCUUGACGAUGACCUCAAAAACGCUGUGAUCCGUUUCAUAUUCGAACGCUCGGUGGCCAAGUUUCCCAUUGUCGAUGUGCUCUGGUUAUCCUACAUUGAGUUCAUUCAGUUCGAAGGCGUCACUGUGCCGGAGAAUGAGGAUGAGAAUGAGGUAACCGCCGAAAUGGUAGCCAAACGGGCCAAACGCUUGGGCAAAGGUUUUCUGCGCAACACGGAACUCGAUUUGGCCAAUCGUGGUGUGCGCAGUCAUCCCAGUGUACAAUUGAAUCAUCGUUUCCUCGACCUAAUGGAGCGCUCGGACUUUGAGUUGGCGGAAGUGGAUGAAGAGAUACGUCUCAUAUUGCAGCGCAUUGUGACCGACAUGGAUAUGACCGUGGAGCUGCAUCUGGACUAUCUGGCCUAUCGUAUUCGCAACACCAAUGCCAGCGAUGAGCAGCAGGUCGCCAGUCUGCGUGCCGCCUUCAAUCAUGCUUGGGAGGAGCUAACCGUGCUCUACGGCGACCAGGCGGACACCAGGUACGAGGUGCUGCAGUUGUGGGCCCAAGUUGAGUACACGCAACUGGGGAGUCCGGACAAUGGCCGUGAGAUUUGGCGCCAAAUAAUGGGCUAUCCGGGCAGCUCGAUACGCGGCCUGCUCUGGCUGAACUUUGCCCAGAUGGAAAGCGAAUACAAUGGUGGCCACGGCACACGCGAUGUCCUUCGCAAAGCUCUCUCGCAGCCCGUCCUCGAGAAUGGCCUUAUGGUGCAGGAGUUUUUUCGCCGCUAUGAACGUUGCUAUGGCACCUACGAGUCCAUUGCCGCCUGCCAGGCCCUCGAUCUGCCUGUCGAGUAUGUGAAGCCGCGUUCCCGCAUUAAGCCCAACUCACAGUCGGCUUAUCCUCGCCAGCAGAAGCUUAAGCCGCGCCAGCAGCAGCAACAAACGAAUCGUGAGCCACUGAAUCGCGAGCAGCGACGUCGCCAGGCGCAUGAGCAACAACAGCAACAGCAGCAGCAGCAGAAGCAUGGCAUUAAGAAGUCCAGAACCGAGCCAUCUGGUGGAGCUACGUCACCGCCAUCGAAAGUCAAGGGGCCAGCGAAUGCAGAGGCCAAGGAAUCGAACUUUAAGUAUUCGCCCAACAUGGAAAUCAAUAAGAUCUUUGUAAGAAAUCUGCAUCCCGCUUGCAGCAAGGAGGAGCUGCACGAACUCUUCUCGCCUUUCGGCACCAUCAAAGAUGUGCGCCUGGUGCACAAGCUAAACAAGCAGUUCAAGGGCAUUGCAUACGUUGAGUUCGAGAAGCCGGGCGAGGCGCAACGAGCAGUGGCUGGACGAGAUGGUUGUCUAUUCAAGGGCAUGAAUAUCUCUGUGGCCAUUUCAAACCCACCGCCGAGGGGCACAUCAGCUGUCAAGCCAAGUGUGGCGCCCAAGCGACGUGUGCCCACCUCGCUUAUACCCACGACUCUGGUGCGCCAAGAGGUGGCUGCCAAGAAGCUGCGCUUGCUUCUGCCCGAGCCGGGGGACAUAUCAUCCACUUCGGCAUCCGUCGACGUGGCCAUCAAGCGCGAGGCUAAUGGAGAGGAGCAAAAAGGAGAUGUUCAAGAACGAGAUGAGCAAAAAGGAGAGGAGCAAAAAGGAGAGGAGCAAAAAGGAGAGGAGCCAAAAGGAGAGGAGCAAAAAGGAGAUGAUCAAAUAGGAGAGGAGCAAAGUGGAGUGGAGCAAAAGGGAGAUGAGAAAAAAGAAGAGGAGAUGCCAGCUGCUGUGCCCAAGUCAAACGAUGACUUUCGCAAGCUAUUUCUCAAGGAUUAGGCGACAAAUGCCGGCGGCUGAGCCCGGUGCCAGCGGCCAUGGUUUAGUUUGUAAGACGAAGACGAAGAUUUGGAGCAUAUAUUUUUUUAGAUUUAAGGCAACCUAAACAGACAAGGUUGGAGAACACUGUACAAAGAGAAAAACUGUUGUAAGACAAUGAUUUUUGUUUCGACUCAUAUAAAUUGGUUUCUUGAUGAACCAAGUGAAG